AUCAACUACACAAAUGAGUAUCUACGACCGAGUACCCCUUGAUAUUAGUGCACUUGAUAGGCUAUUCGACAUACGUGAUAAGGCCCUUGAUGUCAAAAGAGAGCUCACCGGAUUUGUCAGCGAAGAUACCUCAAAAAUGAAUACUCGUCAAGAAGGUCUUAAAUCGAUUCAAACUGUGAUGAAAAUGGUGGAUUAUGUGUUCAACUAUCGAUUUUGUUAUGUAGGAUUUGAGGCGGAUCUCGUCAAAAUUCAAACAUGCCUAUCUGAUGCCGAAUACUAUCUCAGUUUUAUCUACAGGUGACAGAGCGAAUAAAAACGACAUCACCAUCUGACCUCAAUUUCGAUUAAAUGCCACUGUCUUUAAACCAUGGUUUCCAUUGUCUGGAUCAAUUCGAAGCGAAUCAUUUCGAAAGUAUAAUGUGUAUUUUCUAAAUUUUAUGUUGCUUCCAAUACUGCUUUUUGAUUGGUUAACUGAGAAAAAUCAUUAUCGGAAAUACACUGUAAAUAAAUCAUGUAUUCCC